ACUUCCCAUGACGGGCAGCUCACUACCUCAUUAGAGUCCAUUGGAGCCCUUUGUAGGGCCCCUGAUUCUGCCCCGGAGCCGAUGGAGAGCUCUCUUGGCCUUGAAGACGGCUGGAGCAGGCCCCGGUCACUGCCAUGGAGAGUUCUCCAAAGCUGUGUUUGUGCCCGCCCAGCUUGGGCAGGGCCUGCCCAGCAGAAAGAACUGUGUGUCGGGAAUACCAGCCGAGUGUGACAUGGGUAGGAAGGAUGGGAGGGGGUCCCUGCUCCUUCCUGGCUGGGGGCUGCACGCUGUCCUGGAUAUAAACCGCUCCUUGGACAGCCUGACCCGGUCACUCUUCUCCAGACACCUUGGUUCUGAUGCGUGUUUCUCCGGCACACAUGGGGGCCACUGGCUCCGAUCCCUCUGGACUGGGCUCAGCCAUAGCUUGUUUGUGCCUCCCUUGUUCUGAUACCUUUGUCCCUCCCAGGCUCUGUCAUCCUGACCUGGUACCAGAACAGAGGACUUGGCUUCCCCUCCUGCUCGCUCUCUUGUGGCUGGCUCUGACCCAGCGUGCUCUUACUCAUCUUUGCUUUUUGACAACCACAGAAAUAGGAUCGUUCUGUCACCUCUGAUUUUGUCCAACGUUGUGUGGUACUACGUUUCUUGAAGUUUCCACCCAAUAGGAAUAAGACUUCUGAGGAAAUAUUCCGCCAUCUGCAGAGCAUAGUGGACUUUGGCAAAAAUGUUAUGACAGAGUUUUUUGGAGAGAAUUAUGUGCAUCAUGGGGAGGUCGUUCAACUCCCUCUGGACUUCGUAAAGCAGCUCUGUUUAAAGAUCCAGGCAGAGAGACCAGAAUCUCGCUGUGAUAAAGACUUGGACACUCUCAGUGGUUAUGCAAUGUGCCUUCCAAACCUCACCAGACUACACACCAGCCAUUUUGCAGAACACCGGCCGAUUCUGUGUGUAGAGAUUAAGCCAAAAUGUGGAUUCAUUCCCUUCUCCAGGCAUGUGACCCAGGAGAUGAAGCAUAAGGUGUGUCGAUACUGCAUGCAUCAGCACCUGAAGGUCGCAACUGGCAAAUGGAAACAGAUCAGUAAAUACUGUCCCUUAGACCUCUUCUCAGGAAAUAAACAGAGAAUGCACUUUGCCUUGAAAAGUUUGUUACAGGAAGCACAGAACAACCUAAAGAUAUUUAAGAACGGCGAGCUCAUCUACGGCUGCGGGGACCAGCGGGACACGGCCGCGGACUGGAACGAGCUGGCCUGCCACCUGAAGCCCUUCUUCUACCCCUCCAACGGGCUGGUCGGUGGGCCACACUGCACCGGGACGAUCAUCAAGGAGCUCAUCCACGUGAUCACGCUGACUCUGCUCAGCAGCACGGACAAGUGCCGGGCCGGGGACAUGAGGCUGGUGCCCUCCUCGCAGGGGAGGAGCUGCUGUGAAGCCAGUCCUUUCAGUAAAGAGCUGCUGAGGAACGGGAAAAGCCACGCGGAGGGCUCAGGGCUACCCCGGGGCUGCCUUCUCUACAAGACUCUGCAGGCCCAGAUGCUGGACCUCCUGGACAUCGAGGGCCUUUACCCCCUCUAUCGCCGCGUCGAGCGCCACCUGCAGGAGUUUCCCGAGGAGAGGGACCUGCUGCAGAUAGACGGGCCUUACAACGAGGCCUUUUACCAGAAACUCCGGGACCUCUCCACGGAAGACGACGGGACCCUAGCCUAUGCCCUGACGAAGGUCCAGCAGUACCGAGUGGCCAUGACCGCCAAGGACUGCUCCAUCAUGAUCGCGCUGUCGCCCUGCCUGCAGGAUGAGUGCUCCGACCAGCGCCCCGUCAUCCCUGCGUCGAGGGCCAGAUUUGCCUUCUCCGUCUCCGUCCUGGAUCUGGACCUCAAGCCCUACGAAAGCAUCCCCCAUCAGCACAAGUUGGACGGCAAGAUUGUCAGUUACUACCUGAAGAACGUGCCCCCCAAGAAGGAGCCCGGGAAGGCGGGCCUACUGGCGGAGCCGGACGACUGCACCCUGGUUCUGCACAAGGUGUAACGGCCGGCCCGGGAGGGGACAGCAGGCCGGGUGGGGGACGGCAGGCUGGGCGCUCCUCUCCUGCGUGGCCAGGGAGUUUGGGGCUGUGAAUGUUUCUGCUCUGACCAUAUUGGAAGCGGAGCACCUGAAGGAAGGAGUGGCCCGCGGGUGCAAGGAGAGGGGGAGGCCGCCCGGCUCCCCUAGUUACCUGUGGGGCCGCGGUGGGGAACCCAGCUGUGCUUUGUUCCCUGAUAAGAGACGGCACGGAUUUCCCACAGAGCCCCCUCCCUGAGAAGUGCCCUCGUCUCCGCCCCCGUCCCCAAGACCCCCGGAGCAGCCUGGGCCUGGCCGCCGGGGGUCUCCCGUUUCCUUUUGGUCAGUGGGCUGGGGCAAGGGAGGUGGUGGGUGACUCCCCAUGUGCUGCUAUUAAAGAUGACGGCCGAGAGAGUGAGGCUGGGAUGGGUGGAAGGCCAAGAGCGUGCUGAUUUUCUCGGGUGUUUUGUUUCCAGACCGAGCUCCUUUUGUCGUUAGACCCUGUGUUGAGGCGCCAGCGCCAGCCCGAGGAGGCGGCCAGCUGGCCUGCCUGGUGAUGGGCCUCUGGCCUCUUGGGCCCCGACACUGCCCCACUCAUGCCUGGGGUCCCCUCCUCUGUGCCCACCCUGCCUGGGGCUCUGUCCCCCGACGGGCCUGCGAGGGGAAGGCCCUGUUUGGACAAGGCUCCUCUUGGGCUGCCGCCUCGCACAUCACUUAGGAUCUCUCGAACCUGUGUGUGCUGAGCUCGGGCAGACGGGCCAGUCCAUCUUCCGGUUGAGUAUCGAUGUCCCUGUUGGGGACAGCAGGAGCCAGCCCCUCCUUCUCCCUGAUGGGGGUCUGCCUGCAGCCCUGAACCUCUUCAGGGAAGAUGUGUUCAUGAAGCCUACAGAGAGUCCAGUGUGGAUACCGUGCCCUGAGCAAUGUGAAUCUGGAUCAGUCUCUGUGUUCCUGCAUGCUUCUGCCUGUGGCCCAGACACUCCUGGGAAGGACACCCCUCCCCUCGGGCUGGCAGCCAUCCCCCUGGUGGGCUUUCGCAGUGGAGGCUCCAUGAUGCUCCUUCCUGGGGAAAGAUUGAGGCAAUGUUGUUGAUCUUACGGGCGGCGGCCCUCCUGGGCUGGCCCUUCACUCCCUCCUUCCCCGUGUCAGCUGGGUGGCCAGGGCAGCGUCUGAGAGAAAGGAUGAGGCUGUGAACGGGGGGUUCCUAAGGUUAGGCCAAGCCCCCGCCCCACACAGACAGGGCGCAGGCACGGAACAGCCAAUGUAUUUUCUGAGAGCUGCUCUCUCCGGGUAGGAAAGUCAGAAUUGACAUCAGCAGCAGAGGAUGGCCCCCCCUCAGACCUGGGACUUCCUUCGCCCAGGUGGUCCCUCCCAGAGCUCUCACACUGACCUCUUGCUCCUCCGCACACACUGACCAGUUCUCAUGUUCUGGUUCCCCUCAUGGCUGGGUUUUCCUCGGGCCCACGGUCAUCACAGCACUUUAAGACAUGGGUGACAGCAUGAGGGCCCACAUAUGUCCAAGGAGGGGCAGGAGACCAUCUCAGGGCCCACACCCAGCCCUGCUGCGCACGCCCACCCUCUAGGUGGCCUGUGGUCACUGCCACCUUUGGGCAAGGAGGAGGGGGUGGGCAAAGCGUGGGCUCUGCACUGUGGCGGCCCAGCCCUCACUGGCCUUUUCUGUGGUGAGAAGGGAGGGUCGAAGGGGAAGUCCUGCCCGUAGGGACUGGUUUGUGGCUGUGAGAGGCCCCAGUGAGCAAAUCAUAGCCCAGAGAGGGAGCCCCGGAGAGCUUCAGCACCCGCCGGACCCGAGGCAGUUUGGAAGAGGCAGCUGGAGCCUGGAAGGGAAGGCGCCCCUGCACCCCCCACACUGAAGGGACCCGAUGGGUCCUGUCAGAUCCCAGGGUUUAAAAAACAUUAGGGACACACAACCACUCCGGCCGCUACGCUUCUUUUUAAAGUACACUAGCGGGCCCAUCACUUUUUAUUUAAAUGGCUCUAUUUAUUUUUCCGUCAUGAGGAUUUCUAUCUCACGUGCCAUACUUGUACAGAGCAUGGAGGAAGGUUUGGUUUAUAAAUGGAAAAUCGCAAAUGUUUAUAUUCAAUAUAACUGUCAGCUGCAAACGAGCAGGUUCCUAAUUAAAGAAUCUUUCAACACA